UUCAACAAAGGCAAGGCAGGGUUACAUAUGAGGAAUUAUGGCCUCUUCUGCUCAUAUGGACAUGCUGGAUGAAAACAUUGAUUCUUUAAGAGGCUGGGAGACGAUUGUGUGGCAUGGAUUUCAUCUGGAAGACUGGAGGAGACAUGGAGUCAUUAACAGAGUCGCCUAUUUUGAGGUGGAGAUCCUGGACCCCAAGAGCAAGGCACAACUCUGCUACCUGGAUAAGGUGGAGCCCAACGCCACUAUCGCAGAGAUCAAGACAUUGUUGCACAAAAUUUACCCCAAGUUUUAUCCAUCAAGACAGGCACUGAAGCUACAUCCAGAGGGAAAGGCCCUCAGUGAUGAUGAUGUGCUGGAGGAUCUACCGGUUGGCACGACCGCAACGAUGUUCUUCCAGGACCUCGGCCCACAGUUAGGGUGGACUAUGGUGUUUCUGGCAGAGUGUUUCGGGCCGCUUUUCAUUUACCUGCUGUUCUACUAUCGGCUUCCAUACAUCUACGGGCACGAGUAUGACUUCACCCAAAGUCCAUUUAAAGUUGUCAAGCUGGCUAGCUGGUGCCACUCUCUUCAUUACAUUAAGAGGCUUGUGGAAACUAUUUUUAUCCAUCGCUUUUCUGACGGAACGUUACCUUUACGCACCAUCACGCUGCUCUGUCUGUAUUACUGGGGAUUUGGAGCAUGGCAGGCGUAUUACAUCAACCAUCCGCUCUACACCCCACCAACCUAUGGGAGACUUCAAAUCUACUCUGCACUGGCAAUGUUUUUGGUCUGUGAGUUUGGAAAUUUCUCAGUUCAUCUGAUUUUGAAUCGAAUCAGCUGUAAUGGGUCCAGGCCUACAGAGAUUCCUUAUCCCACAAAUAAUCCAUUCACUUGGCUCUUUUUCUUCGUGUCCUGCCCAAACUACACAUAUGAGGUGGGAUCAUGGAUCAGCUUCACAGUCAUGACACAGUGUGUUCCAGUGGGAGUUUUUGCAUUUUUGGGUUUUAUUCAGAUGACUAUAUGGGCUCGGGCAAAGCAUAAAACCUACAUGGAGCAAUUCAAAGACUAUCCUGACUUGAGAACGGCCAUCAUUCCACUCUUCUUCUAGAUUUAUUGGAUGGAGGAUGAACCUACGUGCACUUUUUUCAUUGGAUGCCUCACCAAACAACAUAUUAUAAGCAGCAAAAUAAGUCUAUUGUUUCUCUGUUAAGAUUGUGAUGUACUCUCUGAAGUGUGAAAUGGUAGUUACUAGUAAUUACAUUAAUUAUGAAGACAGGCUUACUGAGAACAGACUGGGGUUGUACUGCAAGUUUGAGCAAGAUAUACUACUACUUUUUGCAAACGUAAACAUUAGCUUGACAUCAGUGAGUCCUAAUUGUGAAGGCCUUCAGACCACCAAGCAGAAAACAUGGUGUACAGUGUGAUACUGUUUUAUUGAUGUUGAUUGUUCAUUUUUGUAUUCCAUUAAAACAUUUUGCAGGAGAUAUGUGAGUGUUUGUGUCAUAAAUAAAAUGCUACUGAAGAUUUUAUUUCCCAGAAAUAAGUGAUCAUCAGUUUCCAAAUGUCAUUAUUUUCAAGACAUGGUAAAAUAACAAUCUUACAGAAUAGUGUCUGUCAUUAUAAGCUGCAUUAUUGCAUAUUAAAACUAUUUACUGAUGAAUACAAUUCAAAGACUGAUUUUCACUGUCUACACCAUGAGGACAACGUUUGCCUGGUUCACAUGGUCAAGUUAGCCUGUCGAUAGAUGCCAUCAGUAUGUAUUCACUGCAUGCAAAAAAUACCUCAAAAAACACCUGCAAGCCAAGCAUAAUGCUACAAAGUGAGCGCCAGCCAGCUGACCCUGUGAAAGAGUAAUAAUAAAAAGUAACUUUGAUGGAAUAAUGCAAUAAUGAUGCAAAUUUGCAUAAGUUUCAGGUUGUUCAUUUGAGCUCAUGCUGUUGAUGUUCAAACAGUACAAAAGCAAUGUAUUAUCAAAGUUAUAUUAGAAUAAAGCAUUUCAUUGCGUGUGCACUCACAGGCACUGCUGUAACAGAUGCGCUUUGAUUUAGCAUUCGAAAGAUUUGAACAAACUUGAAAACUGCAACUGCAAGAAAGAAAAACACUAAUAUAUACAAAUGUAUAAAUAUAGUAAAUACAUUUCAAAUUGCAUGGAAACCAAAAAGUAAUUUUGUGUGCGCAAAUUUGAUAUUAUUAAGCAUUUUAUACAACUACUUUAAAGGGAUAGUGUACACAAAAAUCAUUUACUCACACUCAUGUCUAUCAAAACAUUUAUUCAUUUCUUUUUUCUGCACAAAACAAGUUAGUAACCAAACAGUUUUGUUUCUAUUUAUUAUUGGAAAUUUGUUUAUUAUUCACAAUAUCUUAUGUUCCAAAGCACGAUGCUCAUAGGUUUGGAUUAAGAUGAGAGUGAGUAAAUAAUGACAGAAUUUUCAUUUUUGAGUAGACUAUCACUUUAAUAUGUGGAGGUUUUCUUUCAGUGGGUGGAGACUGAGCUUUGGCUCAGAGUGCUGUAGACUGAGAGCAGAUGUUAAAAAAUGCUAUAUAUUAUGAAAAAAAAAACAA